UAUUUAUAACCAUAACCCCUCAUUAAUGUUUCUCACAUUAAUGACCUUAUAGGCACUUAAAAAGACAUCAAUACCCUUCAAUAGAUAUUAAGUUGUUCUCUCUUUUAUUUUUCUUGCACGUACCUAGCAGCCAUGGAAAUCUACUCUCACAAAAUAUAGCAAACACAUAUUUUCUCUCAAAUCAUCAAAUCUCAAAGGUCAUCACCAUUUUUUCGCACCAAGAUUUAGAAAGUGACGUUAUCUCCCACAUCUCUUUUCUUCUCACCCAAGUUGAAGAAGAUUAAAUAAAAAUCAUCUCCCAAACUUGAAGAAGAUUGAACAUUUGAUUUGAUAAUGAGUCAAACACAUAUAAAUAUUGUGGUGUUAUAUAAUGGAUCGUGGGAACAAGUUUUGAACGAAGGUUGGUCAUUUAGUGCUAAACAAAGCAAGGGUAUGAAGGUGCCAAAGACUAUCACUUACAAUAGUCUUGUUGAUCAAUUGUAUACUUUAAUCGGAGCUGACAAGUCUCGUAUUGAUCUUGACUUAAAUGUAAUCUAUCAUUUUGGAAGUAAAGGUAUCCCUCCAUCUUUAAUUAGUAAUGAUGAAGAUGUUGCUUUUUUUCUUGAUGAGAUAGGAACAUCUAUCAAUCAUCGGACACCCCUAUGUGUGUCUACUACAGAGAAGAGAAGUAAUGAUCCUUUGGUUACUAAAACACGUGAGUUGUAUACUAUUCCUCCAGUUGAAACCAAAGUGAAUGAUGAUUUUUGCAUUGAUGGCAAUGAAGACAGUUGUGAUGAUGAUAAUAAUGAUGCAGAUGGCAAUGAAGAGAGUUGUGAUGGUGAUAAUAAUGAUGCAGAUGGCAAUGAAGACAGUUGUGAUGAUGAUAAUAAUGAUGCAUUAAGCUCAGAUGAUAAUGAAAAUAUUGAUAGGUCUACCUGCAAUGAUGUACUUGUGAAGCAUAAUUUACAACAGUCAACCUCCAAUGAAGUAUUGAAGAGUCAUGAUUCCUCAAAUAAUAGAGGUCGUAAUGUAAGAUAGGUUGGCGAAGAUAAUCUAUGGAGUACUCCACUUUUGUUGAAUCAAGGGGAAAAAGGCUCUACUUCAGCCUCAACAGCUCAAUUACUGACAUCUUCUUCGAGUAUCAAUUCGUGGGAAAUAAAAGAGGGUCAAAUAUUUGAGAACAAGCAAGAGUUGAAGAUGAAACUCCAUCUUUAUGCAUUAAAGAAAAACUUUGAGUUUAAAGUAAAGAAGUCUGCGAAAAAUAUAUGGUGUACAGUAUGUGUUGAUGAUAAAUGCAAAUGGAGGUUGAGGGCUACAAAAUUGGUUAAUUCCAAUAUGUUCGAGGUUCGUAAAUUUUUCGGUGAACACACAUGCUCAUUGGAUGUUCGACAUAAAGAUCACCGUCAGGCAUCCCCAUGGCUUAUUGGACAUGUCAUAAGGAGAAAAUUUGAGGGUGAUGAUGUUAAUUACAAGCCAAGGUCAAUUGUAAAAGAUAUGAGUUUAUCAUAUGGAGUUCAUAUGAGCUAUGCUAAAGCUUGGAGGUGUCGAGAGCAUGCAUUGGCUUACAUAAGAGGUACACCAGAAUCAUCAUUUCAGAAACUUCCCUCAUUUCUAUACAUGAUGGAGCAAAAAAAUCCUGGAACUGUUACUCAUUUGCAGAUGGACAAUGAAGGUAGGUUCAAAUAUUGCUUCAUGGC